UCUUUCGACAAUUUUCUUUCCUUUUCCCGAAAAGUGUCAAAAUAGAAUUUCAUUUUUUUGUCGUGUCAUUUGCAUUGUAAAAAUAUUUUGAAGACUUGAUUCAUAAAUAAGUGACAUCAAUAAUUGUUUUUCAUUAUGCGAUUUCAACUUUCACAGUUUUUUUGUUGGGACCUAGCAACAGGUGCCAAAAUCAUCGGUUCAUUGGGUGUAUUGAAGCAUUCACUUGCUAUUCUUGUAAUAUAUCUCGAUGGAAUUGACUUGUGGGUGGUUAGCAGUGAUAAGGAAACAAAUAAAAUUCCAACAAUACUCUUUACGUUUGUUGCAAUUCUAUUAAUCAUUGGCUUCGUUGUGAACGUGGUUAACAUCGUGCUUUCAUAUCGAUUGUUCAAAAUACUGGAGACUAAUCAAAUUCAAGAUUUGACAAAUUGGAUUAACGCUGAACGAAUCUCCCUGACACUCUUCGCCAUAUACUUUGCUGUGAAGAUUUUGUACGGCGAACUUGACUUCAAGCAUAUUGUUCGACUUUUAUCAUUCAUAUUCGAUAUUUACUGCUAUCUUUGCGUAAUGUCAUUGCGUGAAGAUUAUCGACAACGGGCGAGUUUAUUAGCAUCGCAAACAUAAAUAUCUACGACAAUAAAUCGUUAACUGGGAAUCAUCAUGGACUUGAACAUACAUAUUGAAACUGAGAAACAUAUUUAGGAGAAAAAAAAUCAUUUAAUCGCAAGUAUUGACUUUAAAGUAUUUGAAUUUUAAAUGUGCAAUUUAUCCCUCGUAAAGAAAUGAAAUUGAAAAUCAAAUUCAAUAAAUUUAAAACAGCUAUUUUGAUGUAAAACUUCAGAGUGGAAUUAAACUGAAAAGUGUUUUCGUUAUUUGCACCGG